UGUUAUGCACUAUGGUUUGAUAUGUCUAUGGAUUAUGUUCAUUUCGAAAUGUUUCGCAUUUCAAUUCUCACAUUACAUUCCGCCAUUUAAUGAAAGUUGGCGGAUUUAUCAGUUAUGCACGGAUCAAAACGACAAAAUAUUUCUGGGCAAUAUUCAACAAAGUGAUAUUAGCUUCUACUUGGAAAAGUACAUCUUAUGCUGGCCCGACUACGUGCGAUUUGUUCCUACUAAGCAUCAUUCGAUUGUUUGGUUUUUAAAAGCAUUAAGAGGUUGCGAAGUUAAUCAAAUAUUGAGCCAUCAUAGCCGACCGCGAUCAGAUUUUGCCCGUACAUUUCAUUACGAGUUCCUGAAAUAUUCUUACGCUUUGAUUUGCGAAAAAGGAAAUUUAAUUCCACAAUCCGAACACUUUUAUCUUUAUGCUUAUUCUGGAUUAUUCAAUACACUUUAUCAAGUUGACAAUCCUGAUAGACAAUUAAUAUGUGAUCGUAUCAGUGACGUCUAUGCAGACCUCUACGGGCGGUGCUAUGUUCCUCAUGUUGAGAAACGACAGGCGAAAAUUAAAGAACGAUGUAAUGGAAUUUCGGCGCCGCUUUUGAAAUUUCAAGAUUUCUUUUUAAGGUUUUCAAGGAAUUGUAGUACGUUCAAAGGUUUCAUCUCUCAGGACAGAUCAACCAAUAUUACCACUAUGGGACAAGCAUUAACCAAAGACGUGACUUAUAUGAAUCUACUCAGCUCAAAUCUAGUGUCCAACAUACAUAGUGAUUCGGAAUUACCAUCUCUCGUUCUAAAGACACGUCUCCUUUUGCAACACUUCUCAUUGGCUGCAAUCAAAUUGUGGAGUCAACUUGAAGCUGUCCGUGCAUGUCGUUAUGAGACAAAGUCGAAUUACACGGAGACAUAUCUUAAUGAGACUGAAGAAGAGAAAAUGGUGAAGCUUGGAAGCUUGAUAACUCAUAAUUGCUGCCCGUCAAAUAAUAUGCACAUUUGUGAUCUGAAUAAUGAAAGGAAAUACCAAAAAAUGGCGAAGAAUGCAAAUUUCGGUUUUCGAAUAGAAGCAGGCCUUCUCACUGCAAUAUUUUUCAACACGGUUCUGCUAUGCUUCUUACUCGGAAAAACUUACAAUAAGCUCUCCACAGCCACUAUUUUAUUUGUUCUCAACAUUAUGGGUUCUAACAUUGCCUUCAUGUUUUCAUUCUUAUACUUUUUCGUCGACCUCUUGUACCAGGAUAAGUAUGGUCCCAUCAACGAAGACUAUAUGGAAAAAUCGCCGGAGCUGAUUAUUGCUGAAACUCUGCAAACACAUUUGUUUGCACACAGUGAAUUCAAAAAACAUUUGGUGCAAGAGACAUUGUACUCCUUGGCGCAAAACGGAUCACUUACUGGAUUAAUUCAUCUGUUGGUAUUGGUUUUGGUUGUUAUCAAUCGUUCAAUGUCUGGAAAAUCAAUUCAUUUGUCAAAAAUAUCAGUGGUUUCGGUUUUUGCGUGCGUUUGGAUCUUUCUCAUUGCCUCCCACGUGAUGUUUUCCAUUAUGCAGAUGAAUGCUAUCAACAACCUGGACGCAUUAUUUUCAAAUUUAUCAAAAGGGCGAGUUAAUUUAUCCUGUAACGCAUCAAUGGAAUCGGGAUACGAAGAGAUUGCAUCACAUUGUGACAGGACUGCAGUAUUUCACGCAUUUGGAGCAUAUUUGUUAAGGGGUCAUACUCUAUUCACAAUACUAUUCCUCUCCGCCUCCAUAAUUAUUUUUGUCAUCACGGUUACUUACCAUAUCAAAGUUCGACGACAGCAUGAUAUUAUACAUAAUGAGUUAAGAACUCAAUCUCCGCAUCAACGACGUGAACGACUCUUUCAUACACUGAUCUUAUCUAUAGUGACAUUUUUCUUGAGCGUUAUGGGCCAAACAUAUAUUGAAAUUGCCGUGUUUUGGGUUAAUGAACGAGAGGAUAUUGCACAACUUUCAAAAUGGUACCACUAUGCAAGAAUACUCGCCUUCAUCGAUCCUGUUAUGAAUCCAUUGAUUGUAAUUCUGCGAACACCUGCUCUACGCCGCCAACUUCGGUCACAGUGGACAACGAUUCGAUCCCGUGCCUCUUCGCGCACCCGUUCAGCUCAUAGUCAUCGAGAGAACGCCGACGCUGGUGUCAAACGCAAACGUUCAAGUGCACGCAUGAAAAAAGAUGCGGAACUGAUGAUGUCGUUGAUGCCCACCGAUCGACCGAUCACUUGCGUGCACCUGACCCGAUCCUGCUCGUUGCGUCGAAGCCAAGACUCGCAGACGCACAAUUCCGUUGUUUGACAAUCAUGAUUGUAGGGCCCAUUAUUUUUUGUGACUUUCCAAAUGUUCUUCCUUUCGUCUGUGUGUGUGUGUGUUUUGUUUGAAAGUUUUAAUUGCCGCGCAAAAUGCGACGAAAUCACUACUCGGAAAACUCUCAGUUUUCCACCUCCCCCAAUCUAUUCUCUCUUUCAUUUAUUUUCUCACAAGUGUUAUCCAGGAACCAUUAACUUUCCUUCUCGUCGGAAAUGCGGGGCGAUUUUCAACAUUGACAUCUCAUUACUGCUUCUUGAUCUGUUUGUUUUGUGACUUUCUUGUCUCACUUUCUUAUAUAUUAAUAUAAUUGAUGUUUUGAAAUGAAUACAUUAA